CCUCAAGGCAAAAAUUAUUAAUCUGUCAAACAAAUAUUUUCCAAAAAACUUGUGUCCUUUAUUUUUCCGCAAAAACAAACUAAUAAAGAAAAAUGCUUGAAAACAAUGUUGAAUCAUUACGAAAUCAAUUAACAAUUGCACGAAAUGAAAUAAAUAAGUUACGACAACAAGUGAAAAAUCUCAGCCACGUACAGCGCAAAGAUAUCGAUGAUUUAUCUAAACUCCUACGCGAUUUUCGUUGCGAAGGAUGUCGGCAAAAUGAAGAAAAUACCAAAAAUAGUAAUGAUGCUAUAAAUCAGGAAUUAAACGGAUGCGAUCAAACAACAACAACACGCUUUCGUCCAAUUGGAGUGAUAAAAACAUCAUUCCCAGAGAAAAGAGCUGUACCCCGACAAUCAAGCAUUGGUGCUCGACUUAAGGGUGUCAUCGAAUUGAAUGCAGAAGUAUUUACAAAUCCCGAACAUUCCCUGGAUGGUUUGGACGAAUUCUCCCACCUUUGGAUCAUUUAUCAUUUCCAUAAAAAUAAUUCCCAUCCAAAAGCUAAGGUUGCUCCUCCUCGACUUGGGGGCGAAAGAGUGGGAGUUUUUUCAACGAGAUCUCCGCAUAGACCAUGUCCGAUUGGAUUGUCACUGGUAGAGAUUGACAAAAUAGAGGGUUCCACUAUUAUUUUUAGUGGAACCGAUAUGGUUGAUGGAACUCCUGUUCUAGAUAUAAAACCAUACAUUCCUUUUUACGAUGCUCCUAAUGUUAUUGAAUCGGGUCGCCUUUCUGUUGGUGAACCCACAGUUGACUUUUAUAACUCACGUCAAGAGCCAGACGGUGAAGAGUCGGAAUUGGAAUUGAAUGGCGCUGUAGCUCUACCCAAUCCACCGAAUUUUGCCAAUCACAUUUCUCCCCCACCCACAGCUGUCAAGGUGCCCAAUUGGAUUGUGUCCGGUCAUCGUCUCAGCGUCCUAUUCAACGAAAGAGCCGAAAGCCAGCUUCAUGAACUUCAAGUGCGUCGGCAGUGCAUUGUUGACAUUUUAGAAGCCGAUCCCAGGUCAGUGUAUCUUCGAACUAAAUACGGCUCCCAGAUAUUCACAUUCCAACUGAGUGAGGUUACAGUGACUUGCAAGUUUGAUGACAAAAAUUCCACCGUUACUGUUGUGCAGAUUCGUCGAACUGAAAACGUCCAAGACGAGAGUACUUAAAUAGCAUGUCGCCGGUUUAGCGGCUCAUAUGUAGCUUGCACAAUUUUUUUAGCCAUGAGAUUUAGGUAAUUUAUGUUUGUAUUCCAUGUUUGUUAUGUUUUUUUUUGUGUUGUUAUUAGUUGUACCUGGCAUAAUUGCGAGUUUAUAAAGCAGACAAGACAAGACUGCGAAGGUAGAUCUCUCUAACUUUAGAUGUUCAAAAAUGCUACUCUAGCGAGACAAAAUCACUAACAUCACACUCACACAAAUCAACCCCACCUACCUUCUUCCUAUCAUUUAUGUGACCUCUCGUAAAUUAUUUAGCGAUACAUGUCUUUUAAAAAAUACAUUUCAAUUGUGUAGAAUUACUGUUGAUAGUUUUACGGAUUAAUGAGUAAAAAUCAAGUAGAAUGGCGAAGAUACUUCAUUACAUUGUUUAUAAACUAUUUUUUUUUUAGUUUUAUUGAAGCAAUAAAGUACAGAAGUUGUGAUAAAAGGAA